AUGCCCGUUUCCAACCUAGGACCCAGAUUCCGGAGCGAUUCUCUAAAUAAGAGUCCUUCGCGUGUCAGGAGCACUACCUCUGUCAAGCCAGGAACUAUCGAAAAGCGCCGUCAUCAGAAACGCCCUCCAAUCUAUCACGCAUUCCUUGAGAAUAGCUUGGCCGUGAAGGGUCCAGAGGCCAACGGUUCCCGCCAAGCUCAAGCCGAUCAUGGAGCCGUUCAAAGGGCCGUUUCCCCUGCCAAAACACAGGAAACAAGUUUGAAUGGUCACCAUUCCCCAUCCGCGAGGGAGAACCAGAGUACCGAACAGAAUCCUAAGAACGCUACAGUUAACGGCAGUCAUCGAAACCUCGCCUCCAAGGGCAAUGAUCCAUUCAUAUACUCGCCACCUGCUUCUGAGCCGUUCUUCAGACGAUCAGCUUACAAGAUUCAAAACUUCCCUGAUGACGUGCGAGAUAAACUAUCAAAUCUGUGGAAGCUCAAGUCAUUGGGAGAGCCGAUGGACUUUGUGGAAGUUCAGUUCUCCGACACAGCUGUAACUCCUUGGGGCAAGCAAGUGACUGAAACUCUGAUCGACAAUCUCCGCGAGUACGAGGCUGAACGCAAGAGACUACAGGACUCUGAUCAGCUUGAAGGAGCUGCAGAGCUUGAGCUGAAUGACAAUCUCUACUACUCGUACAGCAGGCUUUCCACGGCCUCGUUGCGAUAUUCCGUGGUAGUCCUCAUGGAACGGACGCUCAGGGGGGACCUGCAUGAUUUUCAAAUGCUUCAGCUCGAGCGAUAUAUGACAUUGUAUGGCGCCUACACCUUCACAGAUGGCCAGAUUUCGCUGCCCGAACUGCACGCAGACUUCUGGGUAUGGGCCGCAGACCGCAAAUGUCGUUGGAAAGCAGCCUUGUAUCAGGCCCCCGGACUCGGUUGGGACACCAUGCCAGCGAAACUUCGGGAUCUCCAUAAGCUCAUCCUGGAAAAGCCUGCCGAUUGUACAGCACUAUUCCAGUAUGUCAACCGUUUCAGUGGGGACCCCAUUAUUGCAGGCGAUGAUGACGAUAGCUCAACAAUGAUCACCAAGAAGCAAGCUCUGGAGGAUCUCAACAUGAUCACAAACAGAUUCCCGCCUCAAUAUUCACACCUGAUCCCACACUUCCGUGUCGCCAUCGGCUCCUGCAUUGAGGCCAACUUCUGGGGCUUCUACACAGACUGUGUUGAUCCUGACUUCAGAAACAAGGUCGACGCCUCCAGCAACUUCGUUGACCGCCAAAGCCCGAAGAAGGCUUGCGAGACGCCUAAUGCGACCGCGGAUAUCCCGACUCUCCGUUCGAGCCCCAACGGCAACGGCAAGCGUAGUCCUACGAUUGAUGAUGGCGCAACAGCAAGUGACACUGAUGAGGUGUCUUAUUCAAGCGAAGACGACAAUGAGUUGGCGACGUCGUCCAUGGCCAGCAACGAAACUGUCAAGAUGCUACCAAGGAACUUCUAA